AACAAAUCGGGUUCAAGUUGCUGGCCAUCAAGAUGUUGGCACUGCGAGGCCGAAGCAUUGUCCGCCUGCGCGUGCCGCUUCUCCAUGUGGCUUCGUUCAGCUCGGACGGCGCUCCAGUGAAGCCACAAUUCGAAGAGAUUCUCCGAGACAUCCACAUUGAAAACGAUGCCAAGAAGAAACCCAGCGUCCACAAGCUGACAGCAUUGUUCCGAAGCGUGACGUCUCGCCAAGACCUCAUCGAAGCUGCCAAGACAUUGCGCAUCUACGAAGUGAACUUUGUCGAUCCAAAGCAGCAAACCGCAGGAGAGUUCAUUAAAGCCGCGAUCAAGCAAGACGCAGAAGACCUGGCCCUCAAAACCUUUCAGCAGCAUCACCGCAUUGGGAUGUUUGUGAGCACGGGGUCGCUCAACAACUUGCUGGUGCACCUGUACAAGAAGAAGGACCACGCCAGUGCGUUGACUUUGUACCGAGAACUGAAGCUUUACAAAGUCGAGCCGAACGUUGAAACGUAUUCGCUCGUGCUUCGGCACUUGCUUGGGGCGAACGAAUUCGCCCAGCUCUUGGACACUUUGGCCACGGCAGGGGCGGCCAACAUGGUCAAGGCCAACACCCUCAACCACAUCCUCAUUCAACUGACCAAGCAUGGCAAGCACGACGAGAUUAUCAACGUGCUUGACGUCGCCUCGACCCACAACAUCCCACAAAACGAUAUCACAAAGUCGGUCCUUGGAUCCAACCAAUAAAUAUAGCUUUUCCGGUC